CAAUUGGCACUUGUUAUAACGGAAGAAAUUCAAAAAAAGUUACGUCAAACGUUUGGAUUUGAAGAAGACGUUUGCUUUGAUAACAGAUGAUGACCGAUGACGUUGGUCCGAUUGUUUAUAUUUAGUUUAAAAACAAGCGAAGGAUCUGCAAAACGUUUCCACAAACCGAAGGAUACAAACAAGAGACAGUUAAUGGAUCCGACCAAAUUGAAAGAAAUAGUUCUGAACGCAAAACGACCGUAUGUGCUGUACAAUAUAAAUCCUCAGUGGCCCUGCUUUAAACAAACAUUCGACGAUUGGUGUGAAACAUUUGACGAUGCGCACCCAAAUGCCGUACCUUUUGAUGAAUGCUCGGUGAUGGGCGGUUGUGACCCACAAUGGGAAUGGCAACGAACAAAGAGACACAUGAAAAUGCGCGACAUUUGCAAUAGAGAUAUUCAGCAUAAAGUAGAACGAUGGAAUUCGUUCAGCUACCGUAACAUUGAACUACUGCCAGAACCUUGCCGAAGAGGAGUAAAUUUUGCGUGCUUCGGGUUUCCAGAGAUUAACGAAGAUGUUACGUUUUGGAUUGGAUCGGCACAGGCCCACACCCCCUGCCAUUACGAUACGUAUGGGUGCAAUAUCGUGGUGCAGGUUUUUGGGCGCAAAUCCUGGACACUGUUGCCUCCGGAGGCAAAGUUAACUCCAGUGCGGGUCCCAUUUGAAGAAUCAAGUGUAUAUUGUGAGGAGAACUUUUACAGUCCCGCAUCUUACAGCCAUUUUACGAAGGUUGAGAAUGAAGUGUACCAUGUGGUGUUGGAGCCCGGAAUGGCUUUAAUUGUACCUCCUAAAUGGUGGCACUACGUCGAAACAUUAGAACCUGCUCUGAAUUUCAACACCUGGCUUAGUUUGGAAACCGACGUCGAUUCUCUUAUCUCAGAAUGCAUAACCAAGCUGUUGCUUCAAGAUUUGUGUGACGGGUUGGAAGAGAAUAUUAAAAAUCGUCUUAUAAACCCAAAUGAAGAUCUAUUGACAACAACGAGUAUCAGCAAAUCGUAUGAUAUAUUGAACUAUUUGCUAGAUCAAAAGCGGAAGAACAAACAGCAAUGUAUAGAACCAAGGCGAUACCCCUGUGACUAUCUAUCUACCGACGCGUUCAACAGAUUAAUAGAGGAAUGCAAACCAUUCAUUAAGCCGGUGGAAAAGCUACAACAAUGGGAUUUUUAUAACAAAAUCAUUUGCAACCAUUCUCGAUACGAUUCAUCCCAAAAUGGGGCGAAUUUCUCAGGGUUAACCACUGACGAAAUUGAACUAGUGGUAAGAAUGCGAAAACUGAUAAACGUGUGUUGCAAACCAAAUGUAGUAAAAUUAAUAGAAACUUCCUUGUUAGAUGAAUAUAGAAGUUGAUUUACUGACCGUUGA